AUGUGGCCAGGAGGAUCAAUUGCAGCCGAUGUUAUGAAGAAGUUCGAAGAAAAGCAUGAAAUACCAGGUAUAAUAGGAGCAAUACACUGCACGCAUAUUCCAAUUAAAAGACCAACAUGUCAUGGUGAAGAUUUUUUCAAUCGCAAACAAUACUAUUCCAUUGUUUUGCAGGCUGUUGUAGAUACAGACAAAAAAUUUUUGAAUAUUAGUUGUGGUGAACAUGGAUCCUUGCACGACUUUACAGUUUUGAGAAGAUCUGAUAUAUACCGACGUGCACAGUUAAAUCAGAGUGAACUAUUUCCAAACUCAUCACUUAUUAUUGGAGAUACUGGAAACUUAGAUGAAAACCAAAAAAAAUUUAACGAAAAGCAUUCCUCUAUACGAAUGAUAGUAGAAAAUAAUUUUGGUGUACUAAAAAGUCGCUUUCGCAGACUAUCAAAGUUUACAGAACAAAGUAAUUUGGUUGCAAUCACGAACAUCGUAGCCAGUGUAUAUGUUCUGCACAACAUUUGUAUAAGUAAGGAUGAUUUUUGCGAAAACAAUGACGAACACAAUAGUGUGGAAGAAACGGCAGAUCAACCAGAAUGUUUUGAUACUUCAGAGUUGGAUGACUCAAUUGAUUAA